AUGUCGUGGGGUGCCAAAGAGUUUCUCAAAGAGCUCGACGACGUGCAGAAGCUGCUGGCCUUCGGAGCACCAGUUGCUGUGCAGGAUGGCAUGAUCCAGGCCUUGUGGAAAAAGAUCAAGGCAUGCAACACGUUGCUGCCUUCGGACUUGCUGGCCAUGCUUCAAGGCAUCAAGGACUCUGCUUUGCCCGAGAGGUCGAGCCAGUUUCUGAACGAGAACCUGAUGAUGAAGGCAUGCUCGGCAACCCAAGCCCAGCAAGACGAAGUCUACGAGAUGUCUGGGACGUUCUCCAAGCUCUUUCACGAUAGCGACAUCGUGUCGCCUGUUGCACCCAUUAGGGUGUAUCCGGCUUUGCCGACCGAACUGGGGGCCGAUUGGAUUGCCCAAGUGUAUGGCCAGGAGAAGCCCAGCAUGAAGGUGUUGACUUCUUUGCGAGGGCUGUCUGUUGGAUGCCCAGUCAGAUCUACAAGUUCGUUGCUGAGCAGGAACAUGGCCAAGAACGUGCAGAUGGAUGACAGAGACUCAGCCCAGUUUGCAGUGUUGGGCAAGCUCGUUGGUGUUGGCCAAAUUCCAGUGGACAAGUCACAGAAUGAGCCCAAGAUCACUUUCUUCAACCGUGCCAAGGAGCUGCAGAACACUGCUUCCAGCAGCAUGUCGCUUCCAGCCUUGCAAGAGAUGCAGAAGAUUCCGACUCCGGUAUCGUCCAUGAAGGCAUCGGCAUUGCCAGAGUCGGCAUCGCCUGGCCCUUCGACUGUAACUGCCGAGCCCUCUCCUGGCCAUGCAUUGCCCAGCCCAGCCGAGAUUGCGAUCGCGCAUGCGCAUGUGCCAGCAAGUGUGGCCCCAGAGCCCGAGGAGUCUGCCAAGCCUCCCAAGACCGAGGCAAAGGUUGAGAAAGCAGCCGAGGGCCAGCAGAUCGUGGGCAAGCGAGUGCGGGGCAAGCAGGCUGACAGCAACUUUCAUGCAACCACAGCCAAGAAGGCCAAGCAGCCUCCUGCGAAGAAGCCUCACAAGGCCGAGCAGAAGACUAAGAAGAUCACAGGCGGUUGCCUGAGGGUGAUUGCUGGCCAGGGGAAUGGCUUUAUGCAAGAUACCAUCCAGGAGACCUUGGAUGAGGAUCUGACAAUUUCUGCCAGGCAUCUCACCAUGGCAUCUUGCGAGCUUGCAACAGAUGCCGAAUUGCUGCAGAGUUGGGAUCGCCUUGCCCAGCAUUCGCAGUCCGACAACAAGGGGACCUUCAAGAUGAGACAACAAGCUUCUGGCUGGACGUUCUCGGAGGCUGCCCUGCUCAUGUCGCCUGUCUUGCGAAGCUUGGGUCUUCUACGUCCAGCCACCCAGUAUUGCUUCGAUUAUAUGCAUGGACUUUGCAGCAACGGGGUGCUUUGCUUCGUCUUGUUCUGGGCACUGCAUUCCAGCAGGAAGGGCUCCCACAGGCCCCUGCAGCAUUUCCUGGAGACGUACUGUGUUCUCCCUGAAGUCCAGGUGUACAAGGAUGCCUGCACAUCAUGGUCCAGGUUGCUCGACAUGCUGGUGGUGUCGGCUACCAGAAGCAAGGUGGCAGAGGCUGCUGCAACAACAGUUAUCAGUGGCAGUGAUAAUGUUGGCAGCUACCAGCGCCGACACCUGCUUAGGCUCAACACGUGA